AUGAGAGUUUUGAGUAACGUGAUAGCAUGUCUUGCUUCUGCUGAGGUAAUUUCUCCAACAGGAAGUUAUACUGACUCAAGAGGACUACAACGAGACACUUUCCAGAUCAACAAAACCCUCUCUACUGAUGACUACCAUUUCGUCGUUCUUGGCGAUUGGGGAGGCCGACCAGCUCCGCUUUACACAUCCCCGCUUCAAGUUUCUGGGGCCGUUGCGUUGAUGAAAUACGCAAAACUCUACAAACCAGAAUACGUCGUCUCCAUCGGCGAUCAUUUCUAUUUCAACGGAAUCGAAUCCGUCCAAGACAGACGCUGGGAAAGAACGUUCGAAAAUGUCUAUGACUCGGCAGAAAUGAUGGUUCCUUGGUACCCAGCAAUGGGGAAUCACGAUUGGGACAAACUCCCGGAAGAUACCGAAGGAGAUCGACUUGGAAAUGGCUGGGCGCAAAUUGAGUACUCGGCUCAUGGAACCGGCCGAUGGACUCAUCCGGAUUUGUUUUUCACGACGGAAUAUACAACUGGCGAUGGAACAAUUGUUAAGACAAUCGUGAUUGAUACUCCGACGCUGACGGGGGUCUACAGCGGAGAACCUCCACUUCCGGAUAGAGAUGACCCAAGGUGUUCAAACUUCUACAAUCUCGAUUGCCCACUAAAACGCCUCAACCCACUCUUCCCGGAAAUCUCUGCCUGGGCGUUUGAAUGGAUCGAAGAAGAACUCGUAAAAUCUGAGCACGCGGAUUACCUCUUCGUUGCCGGCCAUUACCAAAUUGUUGAUACUGGCGGAAUUUACGACUACGAGCUAUUCCGCCGCCUCGACCCUCUUUUCGAGAAAUACCGCGUCAAUGCAUUCUUCCAGGGACACAAGCAUACCCAUGAACACGCAAUCAGAUCGCCAAAGCUUUUUCCAGAAAGCGGCGAGGAAAAUGAAGGUACUGUUCAUUACAUAACUACUGGCGCUGGAGCACUGUUAGACGUAGAAGCAGUCAUCUUUGAAAUCCUCCAAGCCGGUCCAAGCCCCCGAUCUGGCUGUCACGAGCGCUGGGAAAAUUCCGGAAACGACAACGGCCAGGCAAUUUGCAAGUACUACUGGUCUACGAGACACAUGAACAGCGGCUUCACCUCCGUUCACGUGACGAAGGAGAGGGCAAAAGUGAGCUUUGUAACUGCAGAAGUAGAGAACCCCGCGGACGAUUUUAUUGUUGGACAUGAAUAUGAACUCUUCCCAAGAAAAUAA